UUGAUUUCAAUAAAGUACAAGGGCAAGGGAAACAUAAGGGAGUACAUCAUGGAGAUGUCUCAUAUUGCUUCAAAACUUAAAGGUCUAAAGCUCGAGCUAUCUGAUGACUUGCUCGUUCAUUUGGUAUUGAUCUCGCUUCCUGCACAGUUCAAUCAAUUUAAGGUCAGUUAUAACUGCCAGAAGGAGAAAUGGUCUCUAAAUGAGCUCAUUUCAUAUUGUGUGCAAGAGGAAGAAAGGUUGAAGCAAGAAAGAACUGAAAGUGCUCACUUGGCAAGCACUUCUAAGGAUAAGGGCAAGAAAAAGAAGAAGGAAUAUGAAGCUGCUCCUAAGGGUCCAGCACAAAAGAAACGAAAGGAAGACAAAGAUACUUGUUUCUUUUACCAUCAGUCUGGACAUAUGAAGAAGGACUGUGCCAAAUAUCACGCAUGGCGUACAAAGAAAGGGCUGCCUGAACUACCGAAAGCCAAGUGAUGAUGAAAGAUACAUCUAUGUGGGUAAUGGUAAAUCGGUGGAAGUUGAUGUAAUAGGGACUUUUAGGUUGUUAUUAAGAACUGGUUAUUAUUUGGAUUUGAAAGACACUUUCGUUGUACCGUCUUUUAGACGGAAUUUAAUUUCUGUUUCUUCGUUGGACAAAUUAGGUUAUUGUUGUUCAUUUGGAAACAAU